AUGGCAUCCACCAAUUCACCACAAGGCCCUUUGCUGGCGCCAGAUCCAUCCAAAGCGCCCCCAGGGAAGCGGCCCUUGCUGACGACCGGUGACGAUGCGGAUGAUGAGAAUCGCCGGAAAGACCCAAAAAUUACUCGGGCUUGUGAUACCUGCAAAAGAAAGAAAGUCCGCUGCGAUGGUACACUUCCAUGCAGGAAUUGUGCGAAACGAAAACUCCAUUGUUUCUAUAAUGCCAAAUACAACCGGGGUCGGCCUCCAACCCCACCACCUUCCAUGACGAUCAGUGAGCACCAAGCCAGACAGCAAAGUUAUCCUUCAGAGCAGAAUCCCAAUAGACAGAAUACGGAAUCAGUCACGCAUCUAGUCCCCGAGUCUCAAAUUAACCCUCGGGAUUCACCAGAGGUCGAACUUGAGGGGCAAUAUUCCGAUCCUACAUCAGGAUUGAACUUCUUGCACAGAGCAUGGAAGAAACUGUCGACACAAAACGAUGAUUCAGCAUUAUAUCAUUUGAACAACGCAGGAAGAGAUCAACUGCUCACUUCAGCUGGAGAUCCCCCAUUUCAUGUUGAUGAUGCAGCUCUAGACGAUGUGAUUCCAUUCGAAACGUGUGUGGUGACGUAUCGUAUGUUCCAUCGGCAACUCGUAGAAGGUUGGAUGGAGAUUCUCUUGAAAAAUCUACAAGAACGACAGCCAAUUACCCAUUCGCUCGGAAAUUCUAGAACUGCGAUACUACUCACCAUAAUGGCCAUCGCCUCUUUACGUCGCGAUAAAGUCAACGGCAAAGAGCCCCAAAUCGACAACAUGAAUGGCUUAUACAGAAGUGAUCGGUUGUUCAGUGCAGGCAUGAAACUGACUGAGACGGAGAUAGGGUUUCCAAAAGUUGAAUCCGUCCAGGCACGGCUCAUCCAAGUUCUCUACCUUCUGCAAACAGCUCGCAUGAACAAAGCCUGGUAUGUAUUUGGAAAUGCCUUUCAGGUAACGCUUUCCCUCGGCAUGCACCGGUGUCGAGACCAGAGGAGAAAUUUCCCUUGCCCGGGACGGCCCCAUAAUUACAUUAUCUCAGAAUGCUACAAACGCACGUUUUGGGUAGCUUACAUUGUUGACACCUAUUUGAGCGUUGUGUUCGGCCGGCCUCGACUUUACCAAGACGAGAAUAUUGACCAGGAUUUCCCUAGCAUGGUCAAUGACGAGGACAUGAAACCGCAAGGGCCUUGCAACUCAGACAACCCAAGAGAUUGCUAUAUUGAUGCUUUGAUCCAUCAUGCCAAGAUUGCGCAGAUCAUAGGAAAAAUAUCACGAGAAGUAUACUCGAUCAGCAAUCUGCCCAACGAAGAUCGUCUAGCAGCUGUGCAGCGGUUGUGUCAUGAUCUGCAUGUAUGGUGGGCCAGCCUGCCGCCACAUUUGGGUACAGUAAAACCCUCCACCUUGAUACCCAGUUUCCGGCGCCAGGCCAUUGCUAUGCGGCUGGCAUACUAUCAUGCUCUCAUGCAUGCCAAUCGACCUUUCCUUUUGAGUGAAGGAGCAUACGAGGAAGUUAAAGAAUGCAUAACUGCUGCCCAGAACAGUCUAGAACUUCUCGAUAGAAUGGCUAAAGACAGUACAUUAUUUCAUUCUUUUUGGUGGACAUAUUAUGUUAUUUUUUGUGCAUUGUCUGUUGUCUAUGUCUGGGAGAUUCAGCGAACUACCCGAUGCAUAUAUGGAAAUGAUGAUCAGGCAUCGAGCAAGCUCUUUGAUCUCGCUGAGAAGUGCCACAUUCAUCUCAAGAGAGCGUCGACAAGUCUAUCACAGAACCAACGAUACAGCAUUAUACUAGAUGAACUGCGAUCCGAAGCGCAGAGAUGCCGAGCUGCGAUGGAAAGCCUGCAAAGUCAACGUCCAGGUACUUUUCACGGCGCUGAAGGACAUGUUGCAGAUAUUAGCCUUUCAUUUCCGCAGGACCCAGAAAGCUGCCUUAACACGGCCUUUCUCCAAGAAGGAGCCAUGCCCGGGGUGUUAGAGAACCUCCAGUUUAGUGAUUGGCAGAUGCUUGACUCUUCGGCCUUCUUGCCCUUACUGGACUCAAAUUACGUCUCUCCCACAGACUUUCCUGGAGUUCAAUGA